AUGAAGAUGUCCGUAGACAUUUACUCGUCGAGCAUCUUCAGCCACACUUGUCUUCUCACGUACUGGAGUUUGAGUUGCCUGACCUGUCUGAGGCCCUUCAAUUCUAUGGAUUGGUUGACGCCGUCGGCUCUCAAGAGGGGACCAGCGGCAGGGGAGGGCGACCAGAGGGGCAAAGAUCGGCGCGUGGACAAGCCAGAGGACGGACACGUGAACAGCAAGCUUCUUCGGCAGCUCGAGAGCCGCAUUGGGGCGCUGGAGUUCGGAUCGGGAUUGGCAGUAUACGGGCCCAGCGAUGCGUUUCAGAUCACAAUGUUGAAAGCGAUGUACAGCGACUACCAGAAGCAGGUAGAGGGCAAGGGCGCGGCGCAGCAGUCGGUCAAGCACAUCUCGGAGGUACCAGACCGUCUUCUGCUGAUGAUGCAGCACUCGGACAUGCCGACGUGCAGCCUGUGGAUCAAGGAGUGCGGCACGUCGAACACACAGGACGGGGGCAUCUCGAGGAUCACGGUCAAGGCGCUAGGAUCUAUCACGUUCCCCGUGGAGGUCUCGCAGCCAACUCCGCUGCAGGAGCAGAAGCAGCACUGGGAGGUGCUCGGGGACGCGGGGGCCGAGCAGGGCGCAAAGGACAAGGGGUGGGCCUUGGGCCACUUGCUCGACGCGUGCGCCGCGCUGCAGGGGGACGGGAGGCCCUGCGGGAAGGGUCGGGCGGGCGGCAGCAGGUGGGCGCCAACUGACGCGCUGGGCGUGGUGGAGCCAGCGCUGGCAAGUGCCGUUGGGCAGGCGGUCGAGCGUGCGAUCAAGAUCUUGCGCGAGUUCUACACCAAGGCCGAGGGCUCCUUCGUGCAGGAGCCGUACAAGGGCAUGCAGGACGUGAAGGGUGGCGUCCUUGGCUUGCUCGAGGUGUGCCUGUCCGACUUCGCCCGCCUGGAGACCGAGACCUCCAUGGCGGAGGAGGAAGCGCAGAGCAGCUACGAGAAGUUCAUGGCCGAGUCCACGGAAUCGAAGGAGGUGAAGGAGGUGGAGAAGGAGCACAAGGAGGGCAACAAGGCGGACGCGGAGGCCGACCUCCGCGCCACGAAGAAGGAGCUGUCUCUGACGCAGGAGGAGCUGGACAAGGAGCCUGCGCCGCCGCCGAACGCCUUCGGGAUGGUCGACAUAGACGCGGAGCUCGCGCGCGAGGUUCCCGAGGUCGAGAGCGAGGGCGCCAUCUUCGUUGCAUCCCAUCCAGGCGCAGGUGCGGCAGACGGCAUGGCGUCGCUGCCAGGCGACCCCGCCGACCUCGCGGAGGACCUGCGCGAGGGCGAGGCUCCGUCCAGGGGCCCCCCCGAGCGCGAGGCGCCGCUCAGCGAGGAGGAGAUGCGGCUGCGCGUGCGGCAGUCGAUCGACGAGCUGGUCGCCCCGGGCGCGGGCGCCCCCGACGGCCUCGCGGCCUCCGCGCAGGAGCUCGAGCUCGGGGGGCAGCUGACCCCUGCGCAGCUGUUCUACAGCGAGAACCGCGAGCGGCUGGUGAGCCGUGCACAGGACUACUACCUGGAGAAGCAGAGGCAGCAGCUGCGCCGCUCCGACGAGGUGGAGGACAUCGAGGAGGAGUGGCGCUUCUACCACGAGCCCGUCGUGAGGCCGCCCAAGGGCCACCUCUGGUCCACCAGCACGGACGGCGAGGAGGUGGGCCACGGGCUCGAGGAGGGGUGGCGCGAGGCCGUGACCGCGUGGCCCAAGGGCCAGCUCCCCACGCCGGAGAUGCUGGCGGCCCUGCUGCGGGCGGAGCAGGUGUACCUCUGUUGCUCCCCAGACAUUGUCUCCAGGGCGACCCUGGCCUGCGAGGCGCCACAUGUCGACGCCUUCUGCUACGGCACCCGCAACGACGAGUGGGUCGUCGCACACUGUGGUCCGAUCAAGGUCCACCUGUUCACGAGGGAGAGCCGGGAGCAGUACAGGCUCCAAGAGCUCUGGGAGAGGCCGGACGAGUUCUUCCUGCCCGGCGACUUCCCUCACUACGUCGAGGUGCUGGGCACCGCCGGGGAAGCGGCCGCGCUCCCCGACGGGCACCGCACCUACCCGGACGGCUCGCGGAGCGGCAGCGGCCGGCUGCCGCCGCCGUUUCAGGACCGGGACCGCGCGCAUGAUGCACUGCUGCUGACAGACUACGACGCGGCAGACGACGCCCAGUACAUCACCCCCUCCACCGGCGGGCCUCGCGCGGCGGUGGGCGACUUCGAGCCUCUCGAAGCGGAGGACGGAGCAGGGUCCAUCGAGCCGCAGUCCGACGGGGACGCGUGGCCCUUCGAGGGCGGCCUCCUCGGGGGCGAGGACGAGACGGACGACGAGGCGGCGCGGGCGCGCCUCGACGCCGCGGGCGGCGCCUUGGCGCGAGCGGCGCCGGCGGAGCCAGCGGUGCCGAGGAGGGCGACGACGCCGACGACUG